CCAUGCCAUUUAGGGUUUCAUUUCAUUUUAGGGUUCAAUUUAGGGUUCAAUGUUCACAUCUACACCUUCUUGCACAUGGCAUGCUAUUCCUAUGCUUCAUCUUACACAUCUUACACAUGGCUUAUUAUAAUUCUUUGCAUGACUCAUGUGGACCCUCCUAUAAUUGCUGGUUUUGUGAUUGCUGGUUUAUGCAAACCAUUGACACAAGUGGUUUAUGGAAACAAUUGUGGUUUUAUGAUUACUUUCCCAAUUUUUUUUCAUUUGUGAAAUUGUUUUCUCUCUCUUCCCCCUCUCUCUCUCGUACGCUCUCCCUCUUUCUCAUCAUCCCACAGUUUCAUCUCUCUCACUCCCCACAACCUCCACACCACAACCUCCACCACCAUCUACGAAUCAAUCACUCGUCAUGAGAGUGAGGGAGUGGCCGAGUGAGAGAAGAUUUACCGGCGGGAGAGAAGUUCUGGCGAGGAGGAGGAGUUCCGGCCGGGAGAGUUCUUGUGGCCGUUUGUGGUGACACGGCGGUGCUCGGCAACGGCGGCGAGGAAGCUUCUUGCUCCUUCUUUCCUCUGAUUACCUUUAGCAUUCUAUUUGUCCUUGUAAUUGCAUUUGUAUCAGAUGGUUUGAGUACAGUGCCGGACAAAGCAUCUGUCCUUUCUUCAAACACAUCCUUCAGCCAUGAAUUUCACGAACAUGGGGAUCAGAUAAUAAAGAAUUGCUUCAGAGGGAAGUUGGUUUUCGGUGGUUAUUCAGUUUCAAAUCAAAAUCACCGGAAAAGCCAGUCGCGCCACCACCACAAAAGCUUUCUCUAUGCGACAGACAGCAUUUCCACUUGCCAUGGGUUGCGGCUCCUCUUUUUCAGUUGGAAGAGAAAUUGUUGAACUAUGCCUCGAUCGUAUCCGAGAAUUAGCAGACAGUUGUACUGGAUUGCAAGGAUUCUUGGUAUUCAAUGCUGUUGGUGGAGGUACUGGUUCUGGUUUGGGAUCAUUACUUUUGGAACGAUUGUCUGUAGAUUAUGGCAAAAAGUCUAAACUCGGCUUUACCAUCUAUCCUUCUCCUCAGGUAUCUACUGCAGUUGUUGAACCUUACAACAGUGUUCUUUCCACGCAUUUACUUCUUGAGCACACUGAUGUGGUUGUACUUUUGGACAAUGAAGCAAUAUAUGAUAUAUGCAAAAAAUCAUUAGAUAUAGAAAGGCCAACUUACUUGAGAUUUGACGGUGCAAUCAACGUGGAUAUUACCGAGUUCCAGACAAACCUGGUUCCAUAUCCUCGUAUUCAUUUCAUGCUUUCAUCUUAUGCUCCUGUAAUAUCCGCUGCAAAGGCCUACCAUGAGCAGAUAUCAGUUUCGGAGAUCACCAACUCAGUUUUCGAGCCAUCAAGUAUGAUGGCUAAGUGUGAUCCUAGACAUGGAAAGUUCAUGGCGUGCUGCCUUAUGUAUCGUGGAGAUGUUGUGCCUAAAGAUGUGAAUGCAGCAGUUUCAAAUAUCAAAACAAAGAGAACAGUUCAGUUUGUUGACUGGUGUCCAACUGGUUUCAAGUGUGGUAUAAAUUACCAGCCACCAACUGUAGUACCGGGAGGUGAUCUUGCCAAGGUGAUGCGCGCGGUUUGUAUGAUAAGUAACAAUACAGCUGUUGCCGAGGUUUUCUCUCACAUUGAUCAUAAAUUUGAUCUCAUGUAUGCUAAGAGGGCAUUUUUAUUGUCAUGCACUCAUGGCUGUUAAGAAUUAUAUUGACAUGCAAAAAAGAGUUAAUAAAUAGUUCACAUAUAUGAUUGAUUUUAA